AUGCACUUGGCGCAUGCAACGGCUUCAGUGCUACUAUCGUAGAUUUUGGAGAUUUCCGCAACGGGAAUCGAGUGGAAAAGAAAACCGUUUAUGAUACUAAUUCCUAUAUCUAGAGCUACUUUAUGGCCAGGACCGUCUCAAUCCACGAAAACCUGCAAUGACAGUUCUGCCUAGCGAUAAGGCAUCGAAGUUCAGGUGGAUUCACCUCCCGGCCAACAAUAUAGCUUGGGUUGAAGCUCUUUUAACAAAGCUGUUCCUUGAAGAAGAGACAGUUGAUGUAGAAGGCUUCAAAGCUUUAGAAAGAUCCUUCAGCCAUCAACAUCGGGGCCAGCAGAGUCACUCUUAUUUCAUGAGACCUUUGUGUCAGAGCACUCCAAGAGCGCCGCGGAAGGCGAAAGAAACAGUUGAUCCCCACACAGAACAAGAGCAGGGGCAACCUACUAUUGUCAUUAACGGUAGACCAGAAUAUGGGACUUCCGAAACCUCAUUGAAGCGCCGUACGUCGCGUGAAGACAGAGGUGAGGAGAAUAGUCGUUCCACUCAUGAUGGGUCGAAAGAUCAUGCCAAAAGUACACCGAAGGGGAAAGGGAAGAAGGUCAACGCCAAAGGGAAUAAAUCUCCUAAAAUUGGAACAGUGGCAUCAACCGAAGAUCAACGUCCCAAAUUAGGCCACCAACACGGGUCUCGCUAUCCCUGCCCUCCAAGCUCCUCAGGACGCAGAGAGCCCACCCAAAAUCCCAAGGGCAAUAUUUUUGCGUUCAUGCCUUUCUUACAUUUCGAAACCAAGAGACGUCAACAGGAAAUGCAAGAAGCCAUCAAGCGAGCGCAGCAAAUGCGGUCUCCGUCUCGGCGUCGUCUCGGGAAAGCUAAAACAUACGACGAGAUGCUCAUCCGGGCUCAUCUCGCUACUUCUACAGUCUCACUCCAUGUGCGCCGCACUUUGGACCAGUUUUACUACCACAAUAUUGAUACCGAGAGCCGAGAUCAGGAUCAGGUCGUCUACCGAUACCAGACUCAGGGCAAGGACCUAGAUUCUUGUGAUCCCAAGAUUGUCAUGGUUGACCAGCUGUGGAUGUGGAUUCUUGGUCCCAAUCUCAUGCUUACAUGUUUUGGUCAAAGGUGGCAGCAACCCCGGAACGAUCCAUUGAACGUUCUGGAUAGCAUCAUCGAAGAUAUAAACUCUAAAACACGAGACCCCGUCAUAUCUGUCUAUGAUCUUGCCAUGAUAGUCACUAACCGGUGCAGUGGGGUGUUCGAUCGACAUCGCAUGGGCAAUGACGAGUACGAGUUCCUUGAUAUGUUUGAAUCCAGCAUAGGCGACGCGACCGAUCGGGAAACUGUGCUUUUUAAAGAGUUUAAUCAGGCUUCCGCCCAAGCCUCGGCAUGGCUACAGCAGCAUCGGCGGCCUAGUCGCUUUUCAAGAUAUUUCGAGAGUGAUUCGGUUAACCCAGAAGAAGAAAAAAGAAGAGCCACUGAAAGAGAUGACAAUAUGUAUGAAGAAUACAUGCGUGGGCCUCUCUUCCUCGACAAGCUCCUUGACAUAGGCCAGGAGACCGACCUCUUGGCUGAAACGAAAGAUAUCCGCGACGAGCUGAACAUGAUUUCCAAAGUAUUCGAAGACCAGCAGCAGGUGCUCCAGGACUUGGAAAGCGCCAUCUGUGAUGUAUUCCUAGAGGAGCAGCAGUCCCAAAGAGAGGUGAAGAAGAGAUUUCGGGAUCAGCUCAAGACAAUUGAUACGCAUCUGAAAGACAUCGAGCGCAUGGACAAGCAAGCAGAGCGAAUCUACUCUUCCAUCACUGACAUGCUGGAUCUGAAACAGAAACACGCAAAUGCCUUCGAAGCUCGUUUUGCACGCGAUCAAGCUGCCGGAACAGCGAAACAGAGUCGAACCAUCAUGGUGUUCACGAUAGUCACGAUUGUGUUCUUGCCACUGAGUUUCGUCGCUGCUUUCUUUGCGAUCAAUAUCGAAGAAUUCCCACGGGCUACGGACGGUACUUCAAGUCUGCCUCUCGGAUAUGUAUCAAAAUACAUGUUCGGGAUUGGAUUUGCCGUCUCCAUACCCUUGAUCGUCAUAGCGCUGAUGCUCAAUGAUAUCAAUGAUCUUCUCAAACAAACUAGAAGACGCUUUUCAAAACGACGAACGCGCGCUCCACAAGAGAAGGAAGAAUUCAACGGGACUAUGACUAGUUUGGAGACUUUUAAGUUGGACCAGGUGCUGAGUUCUGUACGGAGUCCAAGGAGAAGUGUCGAAAGCGCUUGGAUAGAUGGCCGUCUUAGCAGGGAGACAGAGAGGACGAAGAGAGAAAAGGGCACGGGGUUUAGGAUAAGAGUUAGCCAGGAUGUUGAAAGAGGCAUCUGGGAUUUUCGAUAAGUGGGAGAGAAGCCAGCGAAAUGCCGGAACCAAUCUUUUUUCACAUAUAACCUUAAUGACUUGGAAUAAGCAUGUCUGUCAGUCUAUCAAAAAAUAGGAGGUAUC